UUAUCCGUACACAAAAGAGCGCACUGUGUUUUGGAACACGAAGAUGCUGUUAGUGGAGGUCAAUAGUACGGAUCAAGUGAAGUGAAAUUGUAUGGUGCUUAACUUCAAUAGAACUGAUGUAAGACAGAUUCGAAGCCCAACCUCCUUUACUUAAAUCCAAGAAGUAAGCUGCCUGUCUCCAUUGCAUACCUCGUGGCAUUGAGGAGCGCACCUACAGUGACUGGAUUACCUGUGAACAAACAAGAGGAGAUCAAUAAAAGAACAUUUGGCUACUUUUCAGCGGGAUUAACUGAUAUGCAGCAAGCAACUCUGGUCUGGAGAUAGAGCUUUUCAAUUUACAGGCGUGAAAACGAAAUCAUGGCUUUCUUGUGAGAGGUACUUUGAUACUCUAAGACCAAUAUUGCGCGAGUACAGUGAAAUUCAGCCACCCACUGCAGAAUGUCAAAAUCAUCAGAUCAGUUUGACGGCCCUGACUGCGUCUGUUCUUUUGGGAUGAAGUUAACAUGGGAUAUCAACGACCCCAAAUUACCACAGGACACGAAACAGUACGACGCUUUCCAGGAAUGGACGGACGGCUAUGUUCGCUACAUCUACAGCGCCGAGGACAAGAACGCGCAACGACACUUGAGCGGCUGGGCUAUGAGGAACACCAACAAUCACAACUGUCAGAUUCUCAAGAAGUCUUGCCUCGGCGUUGUUGUCUGUGCCAGAAACUGCACACUUACAGACGGAAGCAAACUCCAACUCCGACCGGCAAUUUGUGACAAGGCACGCCAAAAACAACAGAAAAAACUCUGUCCCAGCUGUAAUUCAGCCCUGGAGCUCGUGCCUUGUCGAGGACACAGUGGAUACCCUGUGACUAAUUUUUGGAGAGUCGAUGGAAAAGCCAUAUUUUUCCAGGCAAAAGGAGUCCAUGACCACCCAAGGCCAGAGAGCAAAUCGGAGACUGAGGCCAGGAGAAGUGCUGUGAAGAGGAGAAUGUCCUCUCCACAUUUCUCUCAAAAGAGGAGGCUGCUGGACUCAGAGACAGGAAGAUACCACGACACGGGGGGACCGUUCCCCGGACUGCACCACUUGUCCUGCAUGGAUGGCUCUGACAGGUUUAGCAUCAUUGCCGAGUCCAACAUCCCCAUCCAGCACUACCCCACCUUCCAGAACGCGGAGCCCUACAAGUUUGCCUAUGACACUCCUAGCCCUGUGGGCGAGGCUGCCUCCCCGCUGCAGAAGCCCACCAACCACCGUCUGUAUGUGCCACGCCCGCCCUGCGGCUACGACUUUGCGGUGCCAGGGUACCUGGGCUCGGGCUCUUACGCCGCUCUCUACAAGGACACCCUCAGCCCUCAGCCUGACAGCGACGCGGCCAAGGUCUGCGUGGGUCUGAAUGGGCCGCAGCACAGCGUCAGCCCCCUGAACGUGCACGACCGCGGCUACGACACCUCGGGCAAACACCACAGCUGGAAGCAGAUACACGGCAAAGGGGCCUACGGGGAGCGGGUUGAUUACGGACAAAUCCCCGCCAACUCCAACCACCAUUACUACAACGGCGAGUACCCCUGCCGGUACACCGGCCCCGCCCCCGCCACGCCCGCUGCUUUACAGACCAUCAUAACCACCACCACCAAAGUGUCCUACCAGCCCUGCAAGCCCUCUGUGGUUAAAUACAGUGACAACCUCUAUGAUGUCAAAAGCCUUCCCAGCUGCAACUCUCUGCUGGAAGGGGGAUCGCCCCCCUCCUAUCCCGAAAUAAAAGUUCCGGAAGAUUCAGGGGUUAUCAAAUCGGCUUUAACAUAUCAGCAAGAGGUGCUGCCAGCCAAAGCCGAAAGAGCAGAGAACCUCGACACCUACCGGUAUGGCAGCUACUCCUCCAAUAAUUACCCAGAGCGGAUAUCUCACCCGUUUAGAUUUGAGAAUGGAGAGUUCUGACCACUUACUGCCUCAAAUGGAAAGACAUCAACAAAAGACUUGAUCAAAGCUUAAUUGUCAUUAGUUCAUGUCAACAGUCAGACUGUUUUUUCAUGUUAAUAUUUUCAGAUUAGAAAACGUGUUGGACCAGCUUUAGCCAUCUUUUAAUCUUUUUGUAAAUAGUUUUUAUUUAUACAUGAAAGCUGGUAAAUGUUUGGAAAAUAAGUGAUAUUUUACACCCUACAUUCAUAUUUUAUUGAAAUAUGUGCAUGUGAGUCCUUUCAUAUUCUAAAGUUCAUGUUAGAUUUACAGGCACAGAAAUUAAAUAGGUGACUAGUUCCUGAUAGUCUUAUUAAAUCAAUAUUUAUGCAUUUCAUCCUUGUAAUUAUUGUAACUUUCAGUGUGUUAGUCUUUUAAAGGCUCCUGUGUGGUAUAUAAACAUCAAAACACUGAAAUGAUGUAAAGAAAAAGUGUUAGUGUUGGAAGAUAACCGGAAAAUAUCGAUGUCUUUUUGGUUAAAAAAAAGCCUGUUGUUUUGUUUUCUUGGUUUAAAAACCAUAUGUGGCUGUACGAAAAUAUGUCAGUCAAUUUUCAAGCAGUUUAUGUGACAUUAAACAUACUAUACCUAAUCCUCAUUUUGAAAUUGAUGGAUUUUAUGUUCAGCUUUUAUCCUUUCAUGUUCACAUCCAUAUAUAUUUUAAAUGUAAAAUAAAUUUGAUUAAUCAAGGGCAAUAGCAUAUUUGUAGCAGAUUCAUCACAUCAAAGAAAAAGACACUAGCUGGAAAACACCUAAAAGAAAGAUGCGUUUGCGUCAGAGGGGGAAAAGGCUUUGCUCUCAGUCGUGCACACCUUUCCUCUUACUGACUAUUAAGAAUCAGAUUUGUCAUCAGGAAGCUCUUAAUCUUGUGGUUCCGAGCAGUCUUGGCAGGCCUGUCUUUUAUUCAUGUUCUGGGGUGAGAACGGGUGGGCGGCAUUUUCCUCAGAAACAUGCCUGUAAUACCUGCCGCUGACAGUAUCUCUCUGUGCGGCUGGUUCACUGAGAGGUGGCGUCUCUCUUUCUCUUUCUGUACGCACUGCAGGGUUCAACACUCACAGAUACUGGGGACUUUCCUUUGAUGCAUUGACUUGAUAUACAAAUGACACACUAUUAGUCUAACAGCGGAAGUGAUCUCAGCUAUGUUUUAAACAAAUAAAACGUGCGGAGUAACACAUGACAUGACACGACAUUCAUUUAGCAGACGAUCUUAUCUAGAGUAGUGGCGCACAAACUGAGAUAUCUAUUGGGUCAUAGAAAUCAUUUUGAGUUACCACGGAUUUACACAGCAGUCAUUCAUUUCCAAUGGAGGACGUCAUUCAUUUCCAAUGGAGGGAGAGGUGACUCAUGUAAUUCCUGCUGCACGCUGUCAAAAUACUUAUAAUUGCCUUGACCUUGACUCUUGCUUGGCUAGCAAUUUCUCGUUUAGGCCAGCAAUGCACAACCUAUGGUUGGACUGCCAAGCUUAGGUUAUAAUAUUGAUUUGGUCAUGGUAUCAUGUAGCGUAUACCAACAUUGCACUGCAAUUAGGCCUGAAUUAAAAAUGUAUUAGUAUUCAUAAAUGUUAUUUUGUGUUUGUGCAAAUAAAUGCUAAAUAGAAAAAAAUAAACUAAUUAAAAAAAAUUUUGUGUGUUGCAUUUGACAGUGUAUUUCCUGUGAUCACACAAAUGCCUGCUUUAAUGUUGCUUGGUUGUUCAUUCCUUCUAUACUCCACGAGAUACAGUAGCUGUUCUACGUAUUUAACUUGUUUAUUGCUUAACAAUAUAUAUAAGAUCGUUAACAACUUUUCUGUAGCUAAUCAU